AGUGGUUUGUGGCCAAGUGGUGUUGUAUGCCAUUUUCAACAAUGCGGGUAUUCGAGGAAAUAUUACUUUUUAUCAAGGUCCUGAAGAUAUAAACGUAACAAUUUCUGUACACUUGAGUUCUGUGAAUCCCGAACCAAGAUCAUUUGCCUGGGGAAUACAUUCAUUUCCUGUGUUCUUCGACACAAAAUCUCCUUGUGCAUCAUCUGAACUUGGAUCUAAUUUUUACGACCUGGCCAAGCAUCAUGGUUCGAUAAUGAUCCCUGCAACAGAUGGCAUUCCUCAAGUAUUUACAGACUCUGAAAUCCAACUAAGGGGAUCCAAUACCAUCUGGGGAAGAUCUUUGUUACUCAGAAAUAUAGCUUAUAAUACCAAUUUGAGAGCCUGUGCUAACAUUGCGAGCGACGGUGAUACAAAGACAGUAGAGGCCACAUUUUCAGCGCCUGUAGUAGGAACUGUAAUAUUUCGGCAAGGUGAACUUGGAGAAACUACUAUUUUUGCAAAUAUUUUCCAUACUACUGAGGACUAUACGCCAUCAACUAACCAUGAAUGGCGAAUUUUGGCCACUGAUAUUUUGGAUACGACAAAAGAAUUAUCCAGGAAAAGAAGAUGUGAAUACCUUCAGGUUUUAUUCGAUCCAAACAAUAUCGAAGAUUCCAACUGCUCUAAAUCUUCUCAUCACAACUGCAAGAUCGGCGAGAUGACACGUAAACAUGGAGAGGUAGCUGUGGGAGCAACAAAUUCACGUUAUUCUAAAAGGUUUUAUGUUGACACCAACCUUCCACUGUCAGCUGUGGAAGGGGGGCUUCGGUCUUUGUAUCUAGUGCUUUACGAGAGUGGCAACCCUUUCCGCAUCAUGGCUUGUGCACCAUUGGUUCCUGUUCGACCCAAGGAAGUCAAAGCUUACAUCAGUACUGAUUCAGUGAAAGGUCACAUUCUUCUAAGCCAGAGCUAUCGAACUCAACCGACAGUGGUUACCAUCCAGUUGCACAAUCUCAGAGGCAGAGGCUCUGCUUUGGGUAUCCACGAGUUCCCUGUACCGCCGAGGAUUAAAGGCAGUGAGAAUUACUGCGAUUUGAAACACGUGGGACCCAUUUUCAACCCUUAUGGGAUGACACCCGAAGUCACUCCCGCUCCCGGGCAAGGUUAGAAUGUUUGAUUAUGCAUAAUCUUUCUUGUCAUUCCUUGGAUUUGGGAAAAUGCCCUUUUUAAGUACCAUUAAUAAUGGUAAUUUGUAAAUAUUAGUUGCAAAACAAUGGAAUAAAAAAUAAUAUAUAUUAAAUAUUAUGAGCGGUACUUGCGUAUUAUCUUGUCGACCAUAAAAGUUGGCUACCAUGGUCCCAUGAAAGCUGGCAGGAGAUCCCGCCAAAGUUUUGCCAAUCGUUCUUGG